GUCUGCGUACGACUAUUACACUUCGUAAUGGGUAUUUUUCGUUAACGUAGAGGUAAAGCUGUUCGCCAAACACGCGCGGAUAUUCUGUAUGCUGCGUGAAGUGUCGUAUUGCAAGGUUGUGCCUUAAGGGUGAGGCUGGGAGGCGUUGUGCGCGCGCGCGUAUGUGCGCUUACUUACGUAAGAUCGCCGUAUCAUCGCCUCUCGGGUGUCAAGAGAACGGAGUGAGUCUCUCGUGUCGUAGAUGACGAUCAUGAGCGUUCUUUCGGACGACGAAGAUGCCUGCGGUGCUGCCGAUCUAUCUCCCGAGGAAGAACUACUGCAGGCUGCGAGAUCGGGCUCAUACACGGCUGUUGAGAACCUCCUCAACAGUGCUGCCGCGGAAAAAGUCGCCCCCAACGUUGACUGCAAAGGCACGCAGAAGGCCAAUUUGGGCUGGACACCGCUGCACUUGGCCUGCUACUUUGGACAUUUCGAUGUGGCUGAACUUCUACUUGAGCAUGGGGCCUAUGUGGAUGUCAUCAAUCGUGAAGGAGACACCCCCUUGCACAAGGCAGCUUACACAGGCCGAGAGGGCCUGGUGAUGCUGCUUCUGAAGCACAAUGCGGACGUCUUCAUCAUAAAUUGCGAGGGGCAAUCUCCGCGCCAAGUGGCCAAGGAUGAAGAUAUCAAACGCAUUUUGGCAGCUGCAGAGGCUGCUGAUGCAAGAAAAAAGGCCGACAAGCUUUUUGCCGCUGCGAAGGAAGGGAACAUGAAGACCAUACAAUGCCUGCUUCGUGGGAGGCAUCCACCGAGCAUCAACAGUGUCGAUGGCUUUGGCAACACUGCUUUGCACUGUGCGGCAUACUGUGACAACAAGGAAGUGGCCGUCUUCCUCCUGCAAUGUGGAAUUGACUCAACCCUGCGCAAUCACAGAGAGCAGUUGGCAUCUGAUUUGGCACGGACGGAUGAAAUGAGACAGAUUCUUGAUGUGGAACCCAUUCGUCAGCUACGCAAGAAUGCCAACAGGCAUGAGGGACCCCUACUCAGGAGGAAGAGGUUCCUAGGUCCUCGUCUAGUUUGGGCUGUUCUGGAUAGAGGAGUGCUCUCAUUCUUUCGUUCGCGUGGUGAUGCUGCAUCUGGGAUGCGUCGAAAACGCUUCUACUAUCUGGAUGCUGCUCAAGUUGAGUGUGAUCCUGCUGACGAGGCAGCGUUCACUGUAGUGUUUCCUGAAGACCCUGCUGAAAGGCUGGCAGUGCCUCCGGAUGAGAAUGAAAAGGUGGACCGCAUGAAGUGGGUGGCGAAGCUGAAGGAGCACAUUGAGUUUAGCCGGCACUACACACAUCAAGGCAUGCGAGCCUCGGACAGUGAGGAGGAUGAACCCAUGCCCCUAGGUUCCAUUGAAGACGUUCUGUCGACGGCCCAGGCCCAGCAGCAGCUUCUGCAGCGUGGCGUGGACAGGGCGGCCGCGCUGCACGCCAACUUGGUGCAGCUGCUGGACGCCCACCGCCUGGGUCUGGCUGGUCCCUGCCAGGAGCUGUUGUCCCAGUGGCACGAGCUGCUGCUGCUUUCCCGGUCCGUUGCCAGCAGCCUUUCAAAGUGCACGUUGCUCCUCAAACAGCAGGAGGAGUCCAGGGCGGCUGAGCUGGCACAAGAGCGGGAGCGGUCACGUGUUCUUCAGGAAAGCCUCAGCGUCCUCGCAAGGGAGCACCACCAGUUAGAGUGCACUCUGAGCAAUCCACGCCUCAACCACAUCCCGGGAGACGAAUCUGAAGAGGAAUUCUUUGAUGCCUUCGAAGGGGAGGCUUCUCCGAGCAGUGACAAUCAAGUUCCAGCGGAAGUAGGAACCACGAAGGAAGACACCAUGCCAGAGGAACUGAGCUCGUCAUUACCUAAGGAAAAGGAGCGGGGAUUCUGGGGCAGAACACGUCUUCCAGUGCCCAUGUUCUCAAAGAACGACUUCAGCCUAUGGAGCAUCCUGAAGCAAUGCAUAGGCAAGGAGUUGUCCAAGAUCACCAUGCCCGUUGUGUUCAACGAGCCAUUGAGCUUCCUACAGCGCAUUUCAGAGAACAUGGAGUACAGCCAUCUGCUCGUUCAGGCUGAUGAAGCUACUGACCCCAUUGACAGAAUUGAGCUGGUGACUGCUUUUGCAGUGUCUGCACUUGCAUCAAACCUCGAACGAUUGAGCAAACCUUUCAACCCACUUCUUGGUGAGACAUACGAACUGGUCAGAGAUGAUGUGGGCUUCCGAAUGGUGUGCGAACAAGUGAGCCAUCACCCACCUGUGAGUGCAUUCCACGCCGAAUCGCCCCACUUCAAAGUGCACGGCUCAGUGUACCCGAAGCUGAAGUUUUGGGGCAAGUCGAUCGAGAUCAAACCCGAGGGCCACCUGACUGUGGAUCUGCUCUCGCACGGCGAGUCAUACACAUGGACCAAUGUAAACUGCUGUAUCCACAACAUCAUUGUGGGGAAGCUAUGGUUUGAACAGUACGGCGUAAUGGAGAUUGUUUGCCAAAAGUCUGGACUGACAUCAUCACUCACGUUCAAGCAAGCUGGCUGGUUCUACAAAGAUUUGCACCGGAUAGAGGGAUUCAUCUUCGACAAGCAAAAAUCCCGCCUGCGCUUUCUAUACGGCAAGUGGACAGACUACCUCAAGGCGGCGCCUGUCGCCGAGUAUGAGGAGUACAUGCAGACCCACAACUUCCGUGCCCCCGAACAGCCACCACUGGGCACCUCCACGUCAGCAAGUGCGGGAGCGAGCCCCGCACACACUCCCAAGCGUAUGUACGCCAAGCUGAACAGCCUGACACGCUCCCUGACGGGAGGCUCACAGGGUGACAUGCCAGGACCCAAGAGCCCCGAACCCUGUGACCUCGAUGACGGAGAGAUUCCCAAGAGUGAUUCGACGUAUUCACUCGACAUCCCAAACUCUCGUCUCCUUUGGCGAGUCACACCACGACCAGAGUACGCGGCCCAGUAUUACAACUUCACAUUGUUUGCCAUGGCGCUGAACGAGAUGGAAGAAGGAAUGGAGAAGGAGCUACCCUCAACUGACUGCCGGCUGCGGCCAGACAUGCGACGGUUGGAGGCAGGAGAUUUGGAUGGUGCUGCAGCAGAGAAAAAUCGUUUGGAGGAGAAACAGAGGGAAGCACGCAAACAUCGCAAAAAGCACAAGGACAUCUGGGAGCCAAGGUGGUUUCGCCAUGUCAAGGGGGCACACUCACACGAGGACGAAUGGCAGUUCAACGACAAGUACUGGGACCGAGACUUCACUUCAUGCCCGGACAUCUUUUGAAGGUUUCCCGGCCCGAGCCCAGCACAUUGGGACUCCUUUCAGCCAUCAAACAGCAAAGUGUACUCCCUCAGUUUGCAAAAGACAAAAACUACAUUGUCCUUCAUCUGGGGAAAAAACAGCCCACUGUUUUCAAAUGUCCCAUCAACACAACACAGGAGACGGCGAUCAGAGGGCAGCUUGAAAUCUCAGCAGCAUGCCACUGCAGCCCUCGGACCCCUUUACGAAACGGCUUUGCGAAAACGUGGCAAAACACAGUAGGUUGAUGACGGCAGCUGCACUUCUAUAGCCGGGUGCUCAAAGUUGUCAAACCUGUAUGUCUGUCUUUCAUGGCACAGCAGCAGCCUCCCUCACCAAUGGCUGCUUUCGCGGAAAAAAAAAAAAAAAGUCGUAACGUUUUUAGUCUCUUUCCCGGAGACACCCACAACGGUGCAUGAUGUCUGUUAUGUAGCUGUAGCGCGAUGCGUGUGCUAUCUGGUGGCAUGCGGUAUUAGCUUGAGUCAGGAAUGUAGAUCUGUGCUGCUGUUGUCCCCGAGAGCCAUCAUACUGUACAACCAUGUGGAGCUCUCUAGACCGUGGUGGUUUCUCUUGUUGCAGAAGUUGCCGAACCGUGAUGUGUCGUGCAUGUGUUGACUAGUGUACAGGUUUCAAAGCAGGGCCGUGUUGUUCAUAGGGCUCGAGUCUGUUACCGUUACUUUUAGGAUAGGUUUUUAGCAUGCAUAUAAGUUCCUGGAUGUUCAAUACGUGCUGCAUACUACUCCUCAAAUAGGCGGCAAUGCAAUAUUUUAAGAUGUUGGAAGACGUAUACUAGCAGCUGCACAGUGUCAGUAGCUAGUCACAUUUUAUUUUGCAUCACAGGGAGCCACAGAUGGUGGCACCUGUGACAGAAGCAGCCACAGAGCUGAAAUAUGAAAUGUUUGUGCAUACUGUUUUAUAUGUUUUUCAAAUUAAAGAUGUGAGCCAGUU